AUGCUUACGGCUGCCCCUACCAAUCCAGACGAUGGAGGACGAGGACGAGGAGAAGGCUUCUUCACGAAGUGGCGCUUACUUGGGCUGACAAUCGUCCUCCUCUGCCUAGUGGAAUGGCUGGACAAUCGAAUUGUCAGCACCACUGUAAUCAGCGUCGUUCCUGUCCAGUGGUCCAGAAAUUCCUCCUUCAUCUCCAGCAAAGUCGACGCUGAAGAUCUAAAUGACUCCGGUGACCAGAAUGGGCUCCCUCCUUCUCGUCCUCACGGUACGCUGCUGCUGCAAGCUCUGAGGCGAACGAGAUCACUCGUCACAAACGCGCGGCUGGAGAACAUCAACGAGAAGGAGAAAGCGGAGUGGAACCGGAGAAAUCCUUGCUCCAGCAGAUGGGAACUGCAGACGAUGUACGACGAUAGAAGCCACAGCAAGAAAUACCCGAGGGAUCCGGCGUGGGAGCAGGUGAUGGAAGAGUACUCGGAGCUUCACAGAGCGUGCACUCAAAGGGUGGGCAAUGUGACAAAGUAUUUUCUCGACAGGAAAGACAGCGUCCCCGGGUGCAAAUUCGUCCUCGCCGACACAAAUUCCGGAGCUGGACUGGGAAACAAAAUCCUGGUCCUCUCGUCCGCCUUCGCCUUCGCCCUCGCCACCCAAAGAAUCCUCCUGGUCGCCCAUGAAACCCUUCUUACUGAAUACACUUGCGAGCCCUUCGUGGGCUCAUCGUGGUUCCUGAAUUCCUCACAGCUGCUCUUGACUCGCUCCAGGAACCAUACGUUCCAAUCGGACGAUGAAUUCUUCUCGGAAAUCAACAAACACUUUGCCUAUUUCAAGCAGAACGCAUCCUCGCAGCUAACAGCAUCUGCGGCGGACAAGGGGAGGUAUCAAUCUCCAAAUGUAUCCUUUCCAUGGCGGCCUCGAGACUUCGCCGUAGUCGCGUCCCCGGACACGGCUCACUUGUACCAGGCACUUCCUCGGUUCUACUGUGAGACGGAGCAGAUGUACUACUCCCACGUCCCCUUCGUUUCGUGGAGCGGCUGCAUAAACACGAUUCCCAGGCUGUUCACCGUUCUGAGCUUCAUGCCAAUCUUCGAGGACCAAUUCCCCGACAGAAUGAUUCUGACCAGAAUCUUGAGAAGCGUCGUGCUCCCAGGAGAUUCACUGUGGAGCAGGGUUAAGCACUUAGCACACGCAUACUUAUUCCGAAAGGACGGAGCUCGCCGGGUGGGCAUUCAGAUGCGGUUCAGGCGAGGCGGGAUCAAUGAGGCGAUGGUGAACAGCCGCGUCGUGGAUUGCCUAUGGAGGGAAGGCAUUCUGCCCAAUGUGUCGCAAUCUGUCGCCGAGGUCUCGGAGCGGAAGCAGACCCUCACGGACAUUAAAAAUGCGCCAGUGAUCAAGGUAUUCAUCGCCUCGCUGAAGCACGGCUUGUACGAGCACGUGAACAACAUCUACCUCAACAAUCCAAUCACGGCGUCGGGAGAGGACGUGAGCCUGGUGCAGCUCACGAGCUCCCAGAGGCAGCGAUUGAACAAUGUGGACGAAGACGUCGAGGCGUUCGCGGAGAUUCUGCUACUCAGCUUCUCGGACCAGCUGCUGGUGACGCCCAUCUCCACGUUCGGAGGCUUAGCGCAAGCGUAUGGGGCCCUCGUUCCCUACUUCAUCGAGUACCGAGAUGACUUCCCCAAUGGCACCAGGCGCGAUGUGUGCCGGCGCGGCGAGACCGUCGAUGUGGCCAUGCAGGGCCCCGGCGUGGGCUGGUCCUGUCGCCUAGAUCCCGUUCAAGGCGGUAAUCUUAUGGAGAGAGCGCCAUACGUUCGGCCCGUGCUCGACAUCGAGCUUUCCAACAAGUACGCCGGAAUUCAUCUCGUUACUGAUUUCUAG